UUUCUUUUUUUUGGUUUACCCUUUUAAACCAAUAUUUUUGUUUUUUUUUUCUUAAAGCUACUUUACUAUUUCUAUCUGUUUCCCAUUAAAGACUGGGUUUUUGGAGCUUGGUCUGUGAUGCUUGUGGUGAAAAACAAACAACACUACUUCACAUAAAGUGGUCUUAGAGGACUUGGUGUAGGACCAAGUGUUUUUAUUUGAUGGGGUCGGUGAAAUCUAGAUCUUUUUAAUUGGUUCUUAACUUGGUUAUUGUGUGCGUUAGCUCUAAAGCAAAGUGAAAAUACAGUGUUAAUGUGGAGUUGCUCCCCACCUCUUGCUACCAUUAAAGGCACUGUCUUGGUUUUGGUUAUCUGACUAUAGCUUACAGCUUUUAGAGAAAACCCAAGUACCCUUCCCCCGUCUACAAUAUUGGAACUACGAUACUAUUUCUCCUUUAUCAUUGUUUUUCUCUUUUCAUUAAAGUGAGUAUUCUCUGAUUCUGUACCAAAUAAGAGAGUAAUUACUACUGGUCCAGUGAUAGCGGUUUGUCUCUAAGCCACUUCUUUGCACUUCUAUUAAUAGAAACACAAUAUCAGCUGUGUGUGUGUUUUCUUUUGGUGAAUUUUUUAGCCUUGUCUAGCUAGACCACGAUGGUUUAGAGUUAUGGUUAAUUGUUGGUGCAGAAACCAGGGGACACCAAGAAUCUGAGCUGAACACGUGAGUUUUGUUGUUACUCAAGAGAAUAUUGCACAACCAAAGGAACUAGAUUUGGUUCUGGUGUUGGUGGAUGAAGAAUCAGGAACUGUAUCAAGAACCCAUUUACAUCUUUAUCAGGUUCUUUAGAGGGGUACUUGACUUUUGAGCUUCAGAGUUAUAUGUUGGAACUGGUCUCCAAAUGGAGGAAAGAGUGCCAGCAAACUUAAAGAGACAACUUGCUCUAGCUGUGAGAAGCAUUCAGUGGAGCUACGCAAUCUUCUGGUCCAUUUCAGCUAGACAACCAGGGGUCUUGAAGUGGGGUGAUGGAUACUACAACGGAGAUAUUAAGACAAGAAAAACAAUUCAAGCCAUGGAACUUAAUGCUGACCAACUGGGUUUGCAGAGGAGUGAGCAAUUGAGAGAACUUUAUGAAUCCCUCUCAGCUGGUGAAGCCAGUCCACAAGCUAGAAGGCCUUCAGUGGCAUUAUCCCCUGAAGAUCUCAGUGAUACAGAGUGGUAUUACUUGGUUUGCAUGUCAUUUAUGUUCGACAUUGGACAAGGGUUGCCUGGAAGAACAUUAGCAAAAGGUCAAUCAAUAUGGCUAUGCAAUGCCCAUUUUGCAGAUAGUAAGGUUUUCAGUCGCUCUCUGCUGGCAAAGAGUGCAUCUAUUCAGACUGUAGUAUGCUUUCCAUUUUUGGGAGGUGUGAUCGAACUGGGCGUGACUGAGCUGGUUCUGGAGGACCCUGGUUUCAUUCAGCACAUUAAAACUUCUUUCUUGGAGACUCCAUAUCCCAUAGUUUCCAAGAAAUUUGUGGCUGCAGGAAACACAAGGAAUCACAGGAAUGUUGCUUGUGCUGUAUUUGAUCAGGAUAUUCUAGACAACAAAUUAAUUCAUCUAGGAUGUGAAGAAUUAGAUAUUAUUUCCCCCAAUAACAGUUCAAACGGGUUUGAAACCAAUCUACCAGCAGAGGAUUCAUUAAUAGUUGAAGGGAAGAAUGGGGGAACUUCUCAAGUACAAAGCUGGCAGUUCAUGGAUGAUGAGUUCAGUAAUUGUGUCCAUCAUUCCAUGAAUUCUAGUGACUGUAUAUCUCAAACUUUUGUAGAUCAUGAAAAGGCUGUCUCUGCUCCUAAGGGUGAACUGCUGAACAACCAUAGUUUGCAAGACCUUCAAGAGUGCAAUCACAAAAAAAUGAAUUCACUGGAUCUUCUAAGUGAUGAUGUGCACUAUCAGAGUGUUCUUUCAUCCCUUUUGAAGACUUCCGACCAGUUGAUACUUGGACCACAAUUUCGAAAUUGUCAUCAGGAAACCAGUUUUGUCAGUUGGAAUAAAGGAGGUUUAGCACAUUGCCAGAACCCAGUAGGUGGAACCCCGCAAAAACUAUUGAAGAAGGCUUUGUUUGAAGUUCCUCGGAUGUAUGUUGGCGACUUGCCUCAGUCUCCAGAAGAUAAUGGCUACAAAGAUGGAGCUUGGAGACCGGAGGCAGAUGAAAUUGGCAUGAACCAUGCAUUAGCUGAGAGGAGGCAAAGGGAAAAAUUAAAUGAAAGAUUUUUAAUUCUAAGAUCAAUGGUCCCUUCAAUUCUCAAGGAUGACAAAGUAACUAUACUAGAUACUGCAAUAGAAUAUCUGAAAGAGCUUGAGAGAAGGGUUGGGGAUUUGGAAUCUUGCAAGGAGUUGACAGAGGUAGAAGCAAAAACAAAAUUGAAACCCCAAGAUACUGUAGAGAGAACAUCUGAUAACUAUGGCAACAACAAAAGUAAUAACAGCAAGAAGCCACCGAUAAACAAGAGGAAGGCUUGUGACAUUGAUCAAAUGGAGACUGAGAUAAAUUAUGCUGUAUCAAAUGGUGGGUCAACUGAUAAUGUGAUUGUCAGCAUAACCAAUAAGACGGUUCUAAUUGAGAUGAGAUGUCCAGGGAGGGAGGGAGUGCUGUUAGAGAUCAUGGAUGCAGUAAGCAAACUCCAAUUAGAUUGUCACUCGGUUCAAUCAUCCACCAUUGAAGGGAUUAUUUCAUUAACCAUUAAAUCAAGGUUCAAGGGAUCAGCUGUUGCAUCAGCAGGGGCGAUCAAACAAGCUCUUCAGAGAUUCACUUUGAGGUGUUAAAGCUUGUUUUCUCCCUAGAAACUUAGGGCUGUCUUAGAAUUCGCUUCAAUUGUUGUAUAAUAUGUAUUGUCGAAAGGUUCUUUGCUGUCACAAUCAAAUCAUAACUUCUAGGAAUAUUUCUGCAGGUAGAGAAUAAACAGAAAUAAACUUUCUAAUAUAUAGUUUUUUUCAUUA